AUGGUACUGACCCAAAGAAGAAAACGGGUAGCAGCAUAUAAAGCCUUGUCAUUCUAUACCUGCAGGCAGGGGAGGCUUCCUGGCCUGGACAAAGGCUCCUCCCAAGGGGGUCCUGGGAAGCGAGAUCAGUCAAAUGUGAACGGCAAACGCCGAGAGGCCGCUUUCAGAGCCAGACCUGGGAUGGACUCUUUGUCGGCCCUGAAGACCGUGCUGGUCUUGGGCCUGGUCACCGGCUUGGCGGGAUGCGCCCCCGGCUUGAACGGGACGGGGGACCGGUGGGAGGCUCUCUACUCCCGCUCCCUGGCGCGGAUCCCGGGCGAGAAGCGGGAUGAGAGCAACCGGGACGGCGACUACCUCCUGGGCAUUAAGAGGCUGCGGCGCCUUUACUGCAACGUGGGGAUCGGCUUUCACAUACAAGUCUUACCGGAUGGUAGAAUAACGGGAGUACACAGCGAAAAUCGUUAUAGUCUCCUGCAGAUAUCUCCAGUGGAGAGAGGGGUGGUGACUCUGCUUGGGGUCCGCAGUGGUCUCUUUGUGGCCAUGAACCGGCGUGGAAAGCUCUAUGGAUCUUUACACUACAGCAACGAGUGCAAGUUUAAAGAGAAGCUCCUCGCCAACAACUACAACGCCUACGAGUCAGUGGCCUUCCCGAGGAUGUUCAUCGGUCUGAGUAAGAACGGGAAAACAAAAAGAGGAAAUCGAGUGUCACCUGCCACGACAGUGACACACUUCUUGCCAAGAAUCUAGUGGCUUCAUAAAUAGACUUCAGCUGAAGGUGGGCGGAUGGGGAGGGGUCUCCAAAACAUGAUGCACUUUCACACCAAGUUAAAUGCAAGUGUGUCAUAUUUGAUCUUUUGCUAUGUACAUGGUCAUGUUUUUUCUUUUAAUUUAUGUUUAACAGCUGUUUUGUAUUUUUAUAGGAGCAGAUGUCUUUUUCUCUGUGGGUGGGCUAAAAGGGG